AUGAAACAUUACGUCAUCCGGUUGGCAUUGUUCCUGGCCUUCACCUUUCCAGCAACCCCGACUUUCCAAUCCGGGGAUGUUGACCUAGAGCGUGAGAUUGAGGUGUUCCGCGAGAAAAGGCAAGCGACAGACCCACGUCUGGCCGGGUAUAUAACGCAGGCUCUGUCGGAAGCUAACGCUGAACUGCUGUACCAGAAAAACCUCGACAAAACGAUGUUACAACAAGGUAUUGAUAUUCCCGCCGGAAGCCAGUCUUACUUUUGGCACCUCGGGCGAUUUCUGUAUACCAAGAAUAAAGAGGUGGUCGAUGUUUUGUCAGAUAAGGCCUGGGUCAUCGUCCGGGCGACCAAGCGUCUCGUGGAACUGACUGGAAUGCCCCUCCGCCAACUCAUGACGAAUCCUCAAGUCGUUGCUGAAUGGCGCAAACAGGUGGAGCCCACUUGUCCAUUUAAACCACCAACAUGUGAUUUCCGGUAUCCAUUCCGAACUGCCACCGGAUAUUGCAACCACCUAAGUGAUACAACACAGGGAGCUGCUCUCACGCGACAACGACGCAUGAUGUUUAAUAGUUAUGAGGAUGGUAUCGAUUAUCCGAGAGUCCGAAGUAAGGCCGGAAAGGUUCUGCCCAGUGCUAGACUUGUCAGUAACAUUAUGCAUAAGGCUGGAGAGUGUUCUUUGGCUAGCAAACACUUCACGGUCAUGAUUAUGCAGUUCGGACAAUUCAUUGAACAUGACGUCAUCUCCACGCCAAUGAUAUCGGGUACUGAUGGUGCAGAUAUCAUGUGUUGUGAGGGCGCUCCAAACGUCACCGCCAUGAGGUCUGCCUGUUUUCCUAUAAGUAUUCCACCUGCUGAUGGUCGCUUCACUGAAAGCUGCAUGACCUUCGUCCGUUCUACGCCAGGCCUCAAACUUAAUUGUGACAUGGGUAUCCGAUCCCCUAUGAACCAAGCCAGCGCCUUUAUGGACGGAUCCCAGAUUUAUGGAACCUCUGAGGACGAGACGAAGGGACUGAGGUCGUUCCUUGGAGGAAUGUUGAAAAUGACUACACUGGGGUUGCCCCCUCCGAGUGACGAAGAGAUGUGCAUUAAGGAAGCUCCGGGAGAUUAUUGCAUGCUGGCUGGUGACUUCCGGGUGAACCACGUUCCUGGAUUGACUGUGCUCCACACUACGUUCUUAAGAGAACACAACCGCAUUGCUACCCACUUAACUCGAAUAAAUCCGGGCUGGAAUGACGAGCGGGCAUUCCAGGAAACUCGGAAAAUCAUUAUAGGUAUGCUUCAACACAUGGUAUACAAUGAGCUACUUCCGUCCAUUCUAAACGAGGAUCAUCUUAUUAGGUAUAAUAUUCGUUCGAGUCCUAGAGGAUUCAGUGCGGCAUAUGACCCUGACACCGAUGCUUCGAUAAUGAUGGGAUUUUCGGCAGCUGCAAUGCGCUUCCCUCAUACACGAAUACCAGAUGUACAAGGAAUGGUAGACGACUCAUUUUCGUCACAACGGAAUAAUUUUAUAUUUGCCACAUUUGAUAAACCAAGGUUCAUUUUGGAAAGAAUGGGACAAGCUUUAAAUGACUUUGCUAGAUGGCUUAUUUCAUUUCCGGUAAUGGAAGACGAUAGAUUUGUAGAAGAUGGAGUACGAGAUUUUCUUUUCUUGGAUAAUAGAGGCCAUAGUUUUGAUUUAGUCGCUUUGAAUAUUCAAAGAGCACGUGAUCAAGGUAUCCCAACAUACAACGAGUGGCGAAAGUUAUGCGGUCUUGUUCCCGCCACAUUUUUUACAUCCGGGCCAGGCGGUCUCGUCGAUCAUGAGCCCGAAUCUGUGAGACUGCUUUCAACUGUAUACAGUGACGUGGAUGACAUUGACCUGUUUACGGGAGGAUUGUCUGAAAUUACACUUCCUGGAGCCGCAACUGGACCAACGUUCGCCUGUAUCAUCGCCACACAAUUCCGGAGCUUAAAAGUCGGUGACAGAUUUUGGUAUGAAAACAUGCAUCCAAUUACUGGAUUUACUGAGGAACAACUAAACGAGAUAAAAAAGAUCCGGCUGUCCCGAGUGAUGUGUGACAAUCUCGAUGUUCCCUUUAUACAACCAAACGUCUUCCGUUUUGUUGGUAAUGGGAACGCGCGUGUAAGCUGUGGGGAUCUUCCGAACAUAAACCUCGACACAUGGAAAGAUGAAUGA